GGGGAACAUCAGAGGUUAUCACACACUGUGGGACUCCAUAAACUAAGACCUCGGUGUUUUCUCCUUUUUUGUGUGCUCACCUGGAAACUCAUCUGUGUUUUCUUCCUCUCCUUAAAAAACCCAAACAUCCAGCCGACAUCAUGUUCCUCCGCGGGUCUAAAAAGCGACGGUCGAACCGCUCGCAGGAGGAAGAGGACCCAGACAGAGGGCAGCCCUGUAUGCGCUGUGGAGACCAGUGCCCCGGCUUCCGUGUCCAUGGUUGGAGGAAGAUCUGUGUGCACUGCAAGUGUGUGCGAGAGGAGCAUGCCGUGCGCUCGGUGCCGGGCCAGCUGGAAAAGAUGAUGACGAAGCUGGUAUCAGACUUCCAGAGACACUCCAUCUCCGACGACGACUCCGGCUGCGCCUCAGAGGAGUACGCAUGGGUCCCACCUGGGCUCAAGCCCGAACAGGUAUAUCAGUAUUUUAGCUGCUUGCCAGAGGACAGGGUGCCUUAUGUGAACAGUCCAGGGGAAAGAUACCGAAUUAAACAACUGCUGCACCAACUUCCAGCACACGACAGUGAGCCACAGUACUGUAACACACUAGACGACGAGGAGAAGAAGGAGCUGCGUUUGUUCAGUCAACAGAGGAAAAGAGAAAACCUGGGCAGAGGCGUCGUCAGACUCUUCCCAGUAACUAUGACUGGAGCCAUCUGUCAGCAGUGUGGGAGACAGAUCUGCGGUGGAGACAUAGCUGUGUUUGCCAGUCGGGCGGGAAACAGCAGCUGCUGGCACCCUCAGUGUUUCCAGUGCGCCUCCUGCAUGGAGCUGCUGGUCGAUCUCAUCUACUUCUACCAGGAGGGACAGAUCUACUGUGGCCGGCACCACGCUGAGAGGCUCAAGCCGCGCUGCCAGGCUUGCGAUGAGAUCAUCCUAGCAGAUGAAUGUACGGAGGCUGAAGGAAGAUACUGGCACAUGAAGCACUUCUGUUGUUUUGAGUGCGAGGCAGCGCUGGGCGGUCAGCGUUACAUCAUGAGAGAGAGUCGACCGUACUGCUGCACCUGCUACGAGUCGCUAUAUGCCGAGUACUGCGAUACCUGUGGAGAACACAUAGGUAUCGAUCAGGGCCAGAUGACAUACGAGGGUCAGCACUGGCACGCUGUGGAGUCGUGUUUCUGCUGCGCCCGCUGUCAGCUCCCUCUGCUGGGGCGUCCCUUCCUCCCACGAGGGGGGCUCAUCUUCUGCUCCAGGCCUUGCUCCCUGGGUGAGGACCCCAAUAACUCUGACUCCUGUGAUUCGGCGCUGCAGAGCAGACCGCCGCAGCACAGACGCUGUGGGACAGCAGAGAAACACCAGCAGCCACAGUGUGGUUCUCCACUACAACCACCAGAGGGCAUCACUCUCCCUAUAACUCCUCUAAAAGACUGCAUUCAUACUGCAGUGGAAAACAGAGGUGUUCACUGCACUGCUCCAGUACAAAAUGGACUUCCUUCACCCAGUGGUCAUCCUCAUCCGAGAGGCUCCUACGCGCCUCUUCCCCACAUUCAUCUAGGAAAUGGCUUAGGUCCGUCUUGGCCCAGCGACCUUCCACAUUACAGUUUACUGCCAGGAGACUGUGGUAACAAACCUGCCGUCAGUGGGGAGUUAAAUGGAAAUAGUGGACACCUGCUCACAAGUUUCACUGCAAGAGGAAGCUCUGCUGCUAAAGACUGUAGGAACUGGGUGGAAAGGACAAAUCAAGUUAUGCAAGUGUUUCCUCUCCAGAAAAAUUCAGCGUCACACAUGAACCACCUCAUUUCACCCGACUCGCCUCCUCUCCUCCCGUCCGGCAACACAUCCGUCCUCCCACCUCCUCUGCCCAUCAAGUCGCGUGACUUAAUGCCACAGGAUUCACCCCCACCCAAUCUUCCACAACCAGAGGACGGCACCCCCUCCGAUUCUCCGCCUCCGCAGCCUCGCAGCGGGACAGCCAGGGUCAGCUUCAGAGAACCAAUCAGCAGCAGCUAUUCUGUCGACGAGGACGAGGAUGAGGAUGAGCCCCAAGAGGACGAGGAACCCCAGCAGGAGGAGGAUGAGGUAGAGGAAGGUUUCGGAAGCAGGUUAAAUCUACAGAAAGGCAUUCCUCCGCAGAUGGAUCUACUGGACGGAUCCUCUUACCACCAGCGCAGUCUUCGGCGAGGGUGGAGUCGUUGCCGCAUCCCCUCUGACCCCGCUAACCAGCCGGGCAGAGAGCGGCACUCCCGGUGCUCGCGUCCCGACCGGCCGCGGCUCGACACCCUGGAAUGGAGAGGCGAGAAAGAGAGGGACGGCUGGGGCUCCGCCAACUCCUCCGCACUGACGCUCCAGCCGGGCCAGUACAAACACGAAGACUCCUGUUCUACAUGCUCCUCAUCCUCAGACUCAGAGGAGGAGGGCUUCUUUCUAGGGCAGCCUAUUCCUCUGCCGCCGCAGCUCCGAAAACACCAACCCGAUGAGGGAAAAGAAGGAGAAGUAGAAGAAGACGGGGAGGCACAGAGAGAGUGGGGACUGAGAGGCAGCAUUAGGCGGAGAAGAGCUCACAGUCUUGGUGCAAAGGACAAAGAUAAAAACUGUGCCAUCUCCUAACACAAGACAUCUUAUUAUAACAAGAAGAAGAAGAAGAACUCACACACUACUUGGAAAAAGGGAAGAAAAACAAACCUCAGAAAACAAAUGUCACUACCUUACAUUCAUGGUAGCAUAUUCUACCAUUUUGCAAACUUUGAGAUGUUACAGUGUAGAGAACGGUGUGCACAGUGUAUGAAUUGUGAGUAGUGAUAAAAUGUGGAGUGGUUUAUCAGUCAUGUUUAUACUUUUAUUAUACUUUAACAACCAGCCCAAGACUCAGACCUUUGUUGCAGUGUGAGCGGUUGUGAAACAUUACCAUCAUUUACAUAUGCAAACUCUAGAGUAGCAAGUUCGACCAGAAACUGACAGCAAGUUGACUCUUAAACCGCACUCCUCCUCGUGACAGUAAUACGUCUAACUGUUAACUCUUCUGUAAUCAUGUUUCUGUGCUCUUAUGUGCAAUUUUACACAGCUGUAAUAUAUUACAGAUAUGAAUACUAAAUGGCCAAAUAUUAUGGGAUGA